GCAUACAGCAUAUCAUGGAAUUUAAAAAUGUCCGUGGAAGAAAUAGAAAAUUUGUCACAAAUGGAGGUUAUCUAUAAUUUCAAAAUGAAAUCACCUGGCAGCAUACUUUGCUCAGAUAUGUCUCUUGAAGAUAACGAUAAUGAGAUCCAAACAAAUGUAAUGCCUAAAAGAGUUAUAGUUGAUGCUACUUACAUGGGGCAAAUAGAUCAAGAAAAUGAAUCAAGUUCACAGAAAGAGGAUUAUGAUAACUGCAUCAUUGAUAAAAAGGCUUAUGUUAGCGGGGCCAAAGACUUCAAACAGACUUGCUAUACGUUUAACUUGCCAUUUCGGCAAAAAGACUGUUGGCGACAGAAAACUGUUCAUUACAGUAGUGACUAUGGGGAUGAGCUCCAUAGACAACUUAACAAUCUUCAUGAACAGAGAGAAAUAAAACCUUUUGAUUACAGUUUCAACAAACAGAUGUAUUCAGGUUGUCAAAAUAUCGGGCCUAUUGAAGAAAAAGAGAGAAAAGGUGGUUUUGGAAAAGUUUAUCUUUAUGAGGACAUUCAAACUGGUUGGAGGUUAGCAGUGAAAAAGGUAGAAGAAGUGAAGAACAAACAUCUACAAGUGAAUGAGGUUGAAGUUCCUAUUCAUUUUCCCAAUGAAAUAAAUAUUGCUAGAGUUUUGGGAUGUUUUUUUGAUGGCCUGGAUUUUUACAUUAUUCAAGAACAUGCAGGCAAAUCACUUUGUGAGGCAGAUAAAGAUGAGUUCAAUAUGUUCAGGACACCAAACAAAUCACUUACAUUUGCCUUCCAGCUUUUUACUGGCCUGAAUGUUCUAAGCCAACAUGGCAUAACUCAUUGUGAUGUAAAACCACAGAAUGUGUGCUUCAGUAAAACACAUGAUGGCUCUUUCCUUGUCAAGCUGAUUGAUUUUGGCUCAUGUCAGACCAAAAAAGAUCCAGCUAGCUGCUCAGGAUUGACAAAGGAAUAUCUUCCGCCAGACUUUAAUAAAGCAUACUUCAAUACCAGACUAGCAUGUCACAGAGACGAAAGGGCGUGUACUGAACAUUUAAGAUCCUUGAAUGAGAAGGAUGAUAUCUGGGCUGCUGGUUUAACGCUGCUUUAUAUUUAUAAAGAGAAUCAUCCCAUGCUUCAAUAUUUUGCUGAACAGCUCUCCAAAUUCAAAGAUUUAGAAAUGAACGAAAAAAGAAAAGAAAAUAAUCGAUUGAUUGGUGGCCUGACUGAUCCUCUUAGUGACUACUUUACUACCAAAUGUGCAGCAUUAGACAAUAUAUUAAGAUGUAUCCUUGUCGUAAACUCAGACUUGAGAUGGACAGCUUCACCUAUAUUGGCAUAUUUACAAGAUCAACUGGACAGAAGUUUCAUGGCUACAGCAAUGUCAGAGCCUUGUGACGACUUUAUUGAUAUUAAAAAGGGAAAUGGUCAACGUGAACCAAUCAUUUCCGAUAUUGGAAAUACUCCGGUUGAAGAUGGUGCCCAAUACUUUGGCUUAAUAAUGAAAUCAAAAAAGAAGUACUACACAGAUAAAAUCUCUGACAAGGCCAGAACAACGAGACAAAAUCAUCCUGAAGUUGGCAAGAACUCUCAUUGUGCUGUUCAAGAAACUAAUCAGCAAGAAGCUAUGAUGGAGUACAGCCUGCAGAGGGAACAGUUUGUCUUCCCACCAUAUCAACCACAAUAUCAGUCAGAACAUCAACCUUCAAAUCAAUCGUCAUCCCCAAUCAGGGAGUGCCUGCCAGUGACACAAGCUCGUGCCGUCAAGGAAAACAACAUUCCUCGCUUUGAUCUGCUGCUUGGAGACUCAAACCUUUGUUAGCUUUACAUUUUACUCUGUUGAACUGGUCUUUUGACGUGGUAUUAAUAUUACACAUAGGACUGGUCACCAGAAUGUAAACGAUGUGUUUAUUAUCAAUGUGUGUAACGUUGAAGAGUGCUGGGUUCAUGUUGCCUGGAUUCACACUUGACAUGUACCGGUGACAAACAUAAAUGAUAUAGAUUGACUAGAGUACGAUUUUUAGCAGACAAGAUAUAACGCAUAUUCAAUUACAAUAUGCUGCACUUCAUAGUAGUUACAAAAACGAUCCAAUAUACUUACAACAUCCACAUAACAGCGGUAUCAAAUAUAUCACACACCGGUACCGGUAUAUUAAGUCCUCAAGAAUAGGUGUAUAUACUGCUUUACUAUUAAAUCACGUCCGCAUCACAGCGGGUAACAAUAAACUUCAAUAAUAUGUAUCCAGCUCUAGGUACAGAAAAUAACUAUCAAAAUACUUUUACUGUCUAAAGUGACUUAAAGUUACUACUGUGUUCAAGUGACCACUCUACUCAACUCACUAAAAGUUACUACUGACUAAAAGUCCAGAUGAUUCUCUUGCUUUUCUCUUCUUGAUCCGAGGUGAAAAUAUAACAGGCAAUUUCAACCAAGACUGUAACACUCUGGUCACUUUAAAUCUAACUUAAAGAUAGAGUAGAAUGUUUAUAGGUGGUGUGUGUAGAUCUUUUGUAAAAAUUUAAAAUUUGGUGGUUGAGUGGUCAAGUGCUUGGCUUCCCAGCAGUAGAGUCUCAGGUUCGAAUCUCUGUGAAGACUGGGAUUUUUUAAUUAAUAUUUUUAGAAUGCCCCUGAGUCCAACCAACUCUAGAAUGGGUAGCAGAAAGUAAAGGCAGUUGUCGUUGUGUUGGCCACAUGACACCCUUGUUAACCAUCAGCCAAAGAAACCUUUACAUCAUCUGCCCUAUAGAUCGCAGGUCUGAAAGAGGUACUUUACUUUUUUUUUAAAUGUUGGUAAAACUUCUUCUCUCUAUGCAGCCAGUGCCAUGAAAAACUCAAGAAUCUUUUCUUGCUCUCAGCUGCUGCACUUGUUUGUAAAAAAUGUUUUACAUAAUUGGGAUGUUCCUUCAGAGUUGAAGAUAGUUUACUUCCUAGUCCAAACCUCCCGCAGGACGACGGAGGAUGGGAGUGGGCAGGGUUUGAACCAUCGAUACAUCCGAACUACAGUCCAGCGCGCAAACCCCACGACCAGGCAGCCAUCCUUUGCCUUACAGACAGCUUAUACAUAAUAUUAACAUCACAGAUUUAUUUAAUGACAUCUGCAGGGUUAACAUUUGUUUAUGCUAAUUCUGCUGCAAUUGAACAUUAUAAAUUAGCUGUAAAUAGGAAAACUAGUUGAAUCCAUGUGCCAAAAGAAAACUUGUUCUUCCACAAGCAAUUAGUCUUCUCAUCACAUUUACAAGGGUUUACUAUGGUCUAUGUGAUAUCACACUUGACUAUAAUAAGGCUUGUCUUCAAGUCCGAAGAUUAAUGAGGAAUGCAGUAUUUCCCGUGGAGGCAAUACAACACUUGACUAUACACAGCAUGAUAAAUGUCAACUUGAUGGUAAAGUUUUGUAAUAAAGUAAGCAGUAGACUUCCUGAGUAUUACAUUGUGUGAAACACUGCAUGCUAUUAUAGUGUAUGGCUGUUAGGACAGUAUGUUUGACUAUUAGAAUUUCGGGGUACUUUCGUAUCAUUGUUAUCAGAAUAUUUUAAUUGUAUUCAAGAACUAGUACCAGAUAUCGAACUGUGUAUCUUUUUGCUUUGUUGAAGAUUUGAAUUAAAUUGGUUUAUAUAAAUAUAACAAA